AUGGCCAACAACGACGACCGUCCUAUGUCUGCCCACCCGCCCCAGCACCAUGCCUCGCACAUGCCCAGCGACCUCAAGCGCAAACGCAGUCCCUCGCACGAGAUGCACCUGGCGCCUGCGCCACUGCCCAAAACCGCCAAGCACAACCAUUUGCAGAUCAACUACCUUGCCAGGCACAAUGAGAACGACCUGCCCCUCAUCACCAACGAUGACACGCUGCCAAACAUCCUCUCGCUGCUCAGCGACUACCAGGGCGUCCUCGACCGCCACGAGAGCAUGGCCUGCAACCUAGGCGCUCGCCCUCUGGGUCCCAUUCUCAUCAAGCGCUUCGAGCGCCUCUUCGACGGUCCCCCCAGAGUCCUCAAGAGCCAUGGCAAGGAUGGCACCACCGUGUCCUGGCUCGACGUGGUUGAGUUUGCGCGCAACAAGCCCGAGCAGUUUCAGCUCGACCAGAUGAGCGAGGGCGUGAGGGUCUGCCAGUUCUACACCAAGCAAUGUCGGGUCCAGAUCUCAGAAGAAGACUUCGUCUUGAUUUCAUCUGGCAUUCCCCAAAAGAUGAUCCCCCCACAGCCCAUCAUCGAAGACGAGGAGAAGGAGCUAGGUACCAUGGAGAUUCUGGAAAAGAACCUCAGCCAAAUAUGCUCUUUGGCCGAUCAAGUUGCUGCUCGCACAAGGCAGCUCAACCACCGCCUCAAAGGCCGCAAACAGGCAAUUCUGGACCGCAGAGCUACUGCGACUCCAACGCCUCAAAUCCCCCGCCCUACGAGUCCUUCAAACGUCGCCCUUAUGAACGGUAGCAACUCGAGCGUCGCAGGCCCGGGUCACAACCAACCUUCGCACCCGUCGCCCAGCAGCAGCGGCUUUGUAGCCGUCAAUGCGCGUCAGCACCACGAAUCCAACGGCCAUGGGCAUAGUCACAGUCGUGGCCAUGGUUCUUCGUCAUCUACACGCCACGAACUGCUAUCCAAAUUCCAUACUGUGAAUGACCGGCGUGUGUCAUCGCAGCCUCCCAGCAGCAAUGUUGAAUCAAUUGCAAGGCCUUCACAUCCUCUCAAUGAAUCUGAGCUACACAACAUGAUGAACUCACCCGUCCCAAUACCAAACACGCCUUCUAGCCUCCUCCCGGCCUCCAGCCAACGCGCCAGCCAACAACCGGAAAAAGAUGACGGAGGUCCUUUCAAGGUUGAAAUGGUGCACAGAAUGGAGAGUCUUGCCAAGGGUGAGCGCAUUGUCCCACCCUGUGACCGUUGUCGAAGAUUACAUAUGGACUGCUUGAAAAAUCUGACAGCGUGCAUGGGCUGUACAAAGAAACAUGCAAAAUGCUCAUGGAGAGAAGUUCGCGAGGGCGAGUUGCGUGGCGGCUAUACCUAUCCCACUGGAACCGCUAGCAAUGGUCAGAGUGAAACAAGUGAUCACGAGGCCGGUGAUCGCGCAAGUACAGCAAGCCCGUCAGUUAUGUUGAGUCCGUCGCACCAUGGUCUUACGCCAUCACACGUCUCACACAGCAAUGGCCAACACACUCCACAACAUCAACCAUCUCACCACCAGCACUCUGAACAGGCUACGCAGCCCACGCAGCCACACGACGCACCGCAUGACGCGCAGUCCUCUGCCUCUCGCAACACUCCGCCUACGCGCGAGCACGAGAGAAAUGUUGAAGCCCAACUCAAGGAGGCCGCGCAAUCAAGCCUUGCGCAUGCAAACGCAAGGCUCCCCGCAUCAGACGGCAAGACCACAGAUUACGCCAACCAAGCCAUGGUUGCUUAG